CAAAACAGAAAACCACAAGUAGAGAUCAGAGAGAGAGAGUGAUACAUACAUAUAUAGAUACAUAGACACAUAUAUAUAUAUAAGAAGAAAUGGGCAACAGUCUAAGGUGCUGUUUGGCUUGUGUUCUUCCUUGUGGAGCUCUAGACUUGAUCCGAAUAGUACACCUGAACGGGCACGUGGAAGAGAUAACGCACCCAAUCACCGCCGGCGAGGUGCUCAAGAACAACCCAAAUCACGUUCUCAGUAAGCCCAGCUCUCAGGGCAUGGUUCGCCGGAUUCUCAUCCUCUCGCCGGAGUCCGAGCUCAAGAGAGGCAGCAUAUACUUCCUGAUUCCGGCGCCCUCCGUCCCGGCGGAGAAGAAGCGGAGGAAGAAGAUCAGCUCUGCUACUACCAAAACCGCGAAAUCGCGCCACGUAACCGCAACUUCGAUGGCGGCCGUCGCCGGCGAUCGCUGUGUUACGGCGGCGGAAAAGAAGUCGUCGUCGUCUUCCCGGCGGGAUCGCCGGAGCUGUAAGGCCGGGGAAUGGAGGCCACACUUAGAAAGUAUUUUCGAAGAUUAAUGAAAAAAAGAAAAUUAUUAUAUAUUUUUUGUUUUUUUAAUAAAUAUUUUACAUUUUAUUUUUACCUUUUUAUUUGCAUGGGGUAUUUUUUUUUUUUUCUUGUGGACAUAUUUCGAUUUUUAAUUUUGUGUUUAUUUACUUUAGAUCUGCAUUUAUUAAAGGCAGAUCGGUUCUAAUUUGAUGUUAAAGUGGCUGUGAGAUGAUAAGAGGUGAUGAAAUGUAUUUUAGAUGAAAAA